AUGGCGUCUACGCAGCUUCCCCUGGAGACUCUGUCCACCUGGGCCAUGUUCAAUGACGUAGACCUCGUCGACGUCGAGGCCCGCGAAAUCCCCGGCUGCGGGUUGGGUCUACUUUCGAACAAGGAGCUCAGUCGAGAAGAAGAGACCUUUGACAUUCCGACAUUGCUCAGGAUUCCCGGCGAGCUGAUUUUAUCCGCUGAAGCUGUUGAGAACUAUGCAAAGGUUGACAAGAACUUUCGGCAGCUGCUCGAGGCUGCAGGCCGCAAGGUAGAGUGUUCGCCCGAGUUUGAUACGGACCUUGAAAAGCUAAGGGAUCGCCCAUCUUCUCAAUGUAGUCAACUCGACAUGACAUAUGCCUCUUUCUUCUCACGCAGAAAGUACUUCCUGAUAGGCCUAAGACGUCUUUGA